UUGCACCACCAAGGGAAGCGUGUAUGUCAACAAUGGGAGAGAGGCUCAAGGGGGUAGGACUCUUCCCUCCAUCCUUCCUUCUCCUACCUACUACGCCAUGAACGCCACACGCCCUGCUUCACAUCUCCUGCACCUCUCUGUGGCUCCUGGUGUCAAGUCAUGGAGUAUUCUUGUGGGUAUCAUCUCCAUUGGAUUGGGAGCAACAUACUAUAGCCCUGGUGAACACAUUUUGUUGAAAGCCGCAUAUCUCAUUGGCUGCCUCGUUCUUGGACUCACCUUCCUUGAUGACUGGGAGGACUGUGUGUUUGACAAGGCUCAGGGUAAAGUCACACUGACACGCUACAACUGGUGCCAGAGGCUGUUUGGAUCUUGGUUCACAGGCAACAGUCUGGAGCUGGACAUGUCCUCUGUUAUGGCUGUCAGGGUUCUGCCCACACAAACAAGAUUGAGUAAAACUCACCAGGUGGUGUUGAUGCUGAGGGCUGGUGGCACAGUGGCUGUAGCUGAGACAUGUCAAGGAUCCAGAAAUGAUCAAGAGACGCUAGCAAGUAAAAUUCAAAGCUUCCUGCAGCUCGACCGAGUAGAGACUGUACGCAGCCGAUAUGAAGAAUCAUCUGAGAGUGAGGAUGAUGAGUCUUUCAUGAUAUAUCAGAUGCCAGUUGAGGUUGAGUGCUUGAAGGGAAGUGGAAACAUGGAUUAUGAAGACAUAAAGAUUGACGAUGAGAAUGGUGCAGAGCAAGAAGGCAGUGACAGUGACACAAGUGAGGUGUUGGUUGAUCUCUAACACUAAAUCAAGUUCAUGUACAGAUAGUUUAGAAAAAAGAUACUUACCUUGUGGACAUGUAGCUUUUAUGUCUGUUUUUGUACUCUCCUUGUAUCUUGCUUACAACAGAAACUUCCAAGUAUUUAUGAAGAUGAUUAUUUUUUUGUAUCAUGUCUUGCAAAUUAAUUUGUAGUUUAUUUUUUAUACUUGAUUUGUGAUAUUCUUAAAAUAUGUAUAUGAGGAAAAUUACUAAAUUAAUAAUCUUUAGUUUUUAAUUUAAAUACUGUAUACUAUUAUAACAAUGAUAUAGAUCUUUAGCAAAAUGUAAUACUUAUUUGUAAUGCAUAAGAGGUUAAAUAUGAAAUUACAUCAAGUGAUGUUUGGUGCAAAGUGUUGCGACAUAUUUUUAGAUGUUUUUAAGAUAUUUAUUUUUACCUUAGUAUUUUUGCAAUGAGAAUGUGCCUCAAUGAUCCAAUGGUCUAAAUUUAGAGGAUAUGCUUAUUAUUGAAUAUAAAAAUUAUAUUUGUAUGAAUUUUGAAUAAACUAGUCAUACCAUUAA